AUGUCUAGUCUUUUAACGCAAGGUAUUCGACGUCAAGCAUUAACGAUGAUGCCUUGUCGUCAUGAAAGUGCACUUUAUAUUUCUGAUUGGAUAUUAAGUAAUACUAUCAAACGAUUUUCUAUUCUAGCUGAAAGUGAAUGUGAAACAUUAAUUACUGACGCUGAUAGUUUUACAUCGGAUGGUCGAUUAAUAAUGAAUGAAUCUGCUGAAGUUAGUUAUUUCGUUGCAUCUGGUUCUAAUGGACAUGGUAUAGCACUUGAUGGUGGUGUUGGAAAAUAUAUAGCUGAAUUCAUACAUAAUGGAAAUACAAAUUUAAGUGCAUGGUGUGUUGAUAUACGACGUUUUAUACGUUUACAUACAAUUAAACGAUUUCUUCAAGAUCGUCUAUGA